AUGAUCAAGCAGCUUGGGUUCCUUAUUUUGGUCCAGUUUCUCGUCGUUGACGCUUCUCCUAAAGAUGGACAGAAGUUAUCUGACUACUUGUGGGAGCAAACAGCUGCAUACCAGCAACAAGCCCUGAACUCUAGUCUGAUAUACGGAAUGAGGGCGAGAUGCCUGGACCCAUCUGAGUUUGGAGGCUACAUGUUGGAUGAUACUCUCUACUGUUACGAGACUUCGUUGAGUCUCAAGAAAGCCGGGGAUCGUUCCAAUGACAACACUACGCUCAAAGAGCACAUGGAGUCCACGGCUGAUAGUUGGGAAGAAUACUGGGAGUGGCUGAAGGACAUUUGGCAUGUUGAGAAUGCUGGGGGUAUUAAGAUGGGAGAAGCCGGUCAAGCAUACGUGGAUCACAUCAGAAAUGUGUCUGAGCAUGAAAGUCCUGUGUAUACCAUUCUGGCGCUGACACCCUGUGCGAAGCUAUGGCCUUGGUUAGGCAAACAGAUCGGGUCUGGAAGCAACGAUUUCGGAGUUUACACUUCUUGGGUGGAGGAAAAUCUUGUCCCAACCAGUACCGGAUACAUGGAAUACCAAGACCAUGUGGAAUGGGCUUACGAGGCAGGAGUAGUCACAGCUGAGAAGGCUUUAGAGAUAUUCACCGCCAGUAUCCAAAAUGAGGUUAACUUCUUCAACUCAGUCGCGAGAUGCCAGCCUCGACCACGCCGCGAAUCUGGGAACGAUUGUCAAGGAGAAGCAUGAUAAAUAUGAUCAAUUGAAUAGAGCGACGAAUCAAGACAAAUUUUCCUAAAUUGUAGAAUUAACUUUGCGUUUUUU